AUGAAUGACCUGCUGAAGGUGCCCCUGGUGCACAUCCUCUCCCUGGCAGCCCUCAGCUUGGCCGAGACGUUCCCGAAAGCUCCCUUGAUCAGCACUCCUCUGGAAACUGUGGAUGCGCUGGUAGAGGACAUCGCCAAGUUUGUCUGUGUAGUGGAGUCAUACCCUGAGCCGGAGAUUACGUGGACGCGCAACAGCAUUCCCAUCAGGCUGUUUGACACCCGGUACAGCAUACAGAGAAACGGGCAGCUCCUGACCAUUUUGAGCGUGGAGGACAGUGAUGAUGGGGUGUACUGCUGCACAGCGGAUAAUGGGGUUGGAGCGGCCGCGCAGAGCUGUGGGGCUCUCCAAGUGAAAAUGCGACCCAAAAUAACCCGACCGCCUAUAAAUGUGGAAAUAAUAGAAGGGUUAAAGGCUGUUCUUCCAUGCACUACAAUGGGGAAUCCAAAACCUUCUGUUUCAUGGAUCAAAGGAGAAACAGUUGUAAAGGAGAACGCUCGCAUUGCUGUCCUUGAUUCAGGGAAUUUAAGGAUCCACAAUGUUCAGAGAGAAGAUGCAGGACAAUAUCGAUGUGUAGCCAAGAACAGCCUAGGCACAGCCUAUUCAAAACCCGCAAUGGUGGUAGUGGAAGUUUUUGCCAGAAUCCUGAAGGCUCCUGAAUCCCAAAAUAUCACCUUUGGGUCUGUGGUGACAUUGCGGUGUGCAGCAACCGGCCUUCCAGUCCCCACCAUCACCUGGCUGGAAAAUGGGAAAGCUGUUUCUGCAGGGUCUAUAGCGGAAAGUGUCAAGGACAGAGUGGUUGACUCCAGACUGCAGGUGUACGUCACCCGACCUGGCCUGUUCACUUGCCUCGCCACAAACAAACACAGCAAAACUUUCGGAGCUGCAAAAGCUGCAGCAACCAUCAGUGUUUCAGAGUGGAGCAAGCUGUACAAGGGUGAUGCAGGCUACUGCAGCACGUACAGAGGUGAGGUGUGUAGUGCUAUCUUGGCGAAGAAUGCUCUUGUUUUCUACAACUCCUCCUAUGCUGACCCGGAGGAGACCCAAGAGCUGCUUGUGCACACUGCCUGGACUGAACUGAAAAUGGUGAGUUCAUUCUGCCAACCGGCUGCUGAGUCUCUGCUGUGUAACUACAUCUUCCAGGAGUGCAAUCCCUCAGGAGCUGGGCCAGCUCCAAAACCGGUGUGCAGAGAGAAUUGCCUUGCUGUAAAGGAUCUCUACUGCUUUAAGGAAUGGCUCUCAAUGGAGGAAAACUCUCAGAAGGGGAUUUACAAGCCAGGGCUGAUGCUACUCACUCUUCCCGAAUGCAACAGGCUGCCCAGUCUGCACCAGGACCCCAGCGCCUGCAUCCACAUCCCUUUCUUCGAUUUUAAGAAGGAGAAUAUAACCAGGACUUGCUACAGCGGCAAUGGCCAGUUUUACCAGGGCUGGGCCAACGUCACGGCUUUCGGGAUUCCUUGCCAGAAGUGGAGCGACCAGGCGCCCCAUUUGCACAGGAGGACUCCUCAGGUUUUCCCUGAGCUGUCUGAUGCUGAGAAUUACUGCCGCAAUCCAGGAGGUGAGAAUGAACGUCCCUGGUGCUACACAAAAGACCCAUCCGUGACCUGGGAAUACUGCAGUGUGUCUCCCUGUGGAGAUGCAUCGUUAUCACUAGGAACAAGAAAACCAAAUGGAGAGACUCCAGAUCUCCCCCCUCCUCCUCCCUUUUCCCCUACAUACUCCAUGACUGUUAUCAUCUCAAUCAUCUCCAGCUUUGCCCUGGUGGCGAUCCUUGGCAUUGUCACCCUGGUUUGCUGCCGUCGGCGAAAGCAGUGGAAAAACAAAAAAAGGGAGUCAGAGACACCGACGCUCACCACUCUGCCCUCCGAACUCCUCCUGGACCGGCUGCAUCCCAACCCGAUGUACCAGCGGAUGCCCCUUCUCCUCAAUCCAAAAUUGCUCAGUCUGGAGUAUCCCAGGAACAAUAUUGAAUAUGUGAGAGAUAUCGGGGAAGGAGCAUUUGGGAGAGUCUUCCAAGCAAGGGCCCCAGGGCUGCUGCCGUACGAGUCUUUCACAAUGGUGGCGGUGAAAAUGCUGAAGGAGGAAGCGUCCGCAGACAUGCAGGCUGACUUUCAGAGGGAGGCAGCCCUCAUGGCAGAGUUUGACAAUCCGAAUAUCGUCAAGCUUUUAGGUGUGUGUGCUGUUGGGAAACCGAUGUGCCUGCUGUUCGAGUACAUGGCCUACGGGGAUCUCAACGAGUACCUGCGUGACCGCUCGCCCCGCAACCUCUGCAGCCUGGUGCACAGUAGUCUGGACGCACGGAUCCGCCUCCCCAACCCCCUGGCGCUGUGCUGCACCAGCCAGCUCUGCAUUGCCAAGCAGGUGGCUGCCGGCAUGGCGUACCUCUCUGAGCGCAAGUUUGUCCACCGUGAUUUGGCUACUAGAAACUGCCUGGUGGGGGAGAACAUGGUGGUCAAAAUCGCUGAUUUUGGUCUCUCAAGGAACAUGUAUUCAGCCGACUAUUACAAAGCAAAUGAGAACGACGCCAUCCCUAUCCGCUGGAUGCCCCCUGAGUCCAUUUUCUACAACCGCUACACCACAGAGUCUGACGUGUGGGCCUACGGGGUGGUGCUAUGGGAGAUCUUCACCUAUGGCAUGCAGCCCUACUAUGGGAUGGCUCAUGAGGAGGUCAUCUACUAUGUGAGGGAUGGGAAUGUCCUCUCCUGCCCGGACAAUUGUCCCCUGGAGCUCUACAACCUGAUGCGCCUCUGUUGGAGCAAGCUGCCUGCUGACCGGCCAGGCUUUGCCAGCAUCCACCGCAUCUUGGAGCGCAUGUACGAGAGGGCCGUGGCCACUCCGUCAGUCUGA